AUGGGCAGACUAGAAACUUCUGUCAAUGAAAGCGAGGCUCAACCUAUAUUUCAAGAAAUUCAAGGCCAGAUUGUGUAAGUCUCUCAAAUCUUGGAUUCCAGUAUCAAAUAUUCCCUUAUUAUUUAUUUUUCAGACAAUUGAAUGACAUGUGUGCCCGAUUAGAACAUCAAGUUAGUAGGGAGCCUGUCAACAAACGACGGCAAUUGAAAAUUAAAGUAGACCAACUAAAAUACGACAAUCGAGGGCUGGAAUCAUCGUUCAACGCAAUUCAAAUGAGGUUGGCUAACAAAUGGAGGCAUGCCCAUGAAAGGAACGAAUUACUUACACAAAGGUUCGGCUGUUUAUCAUCAGUUCUCAUAUCUUGAGUUUAGGUUUCGUCCGAAUGAGACUACUCUUAACUUUGAAGACCAGGAAUUACUCCUUAACGAUCGGAUGAAAGGUGCCCAUCGAGGAGUCGACGAUUUAAUUGGUAACGCCGAAAGUGUCUUGGCCACAUUGAAAAGUCAGCAUUUUAAUCUAAAAGGAGUCAGAAAAGCGGUUCAUUCCAUAGGACAGACCCUGGGUCUAUCAAAUACAACCAUCGGGUUGAUCGAACGACGAGUUUCGGAAGACAUGACGAUCUUCAUCGUCGGGUGUAUAGUUGUAAUUAUAUUUAUGUAUUCCUUUUAUUGCUUUUGGACUCGGUGACUGCGAUAUUAUUGUCUGUAAGUGAAAAGACGCAAGUUUAACAAGGAAAGUACUUCUAUGGGGUGUGGAAUUACCGGUCGAGAUAUAUAUCAAAAAAUUCGCAAAAUUUUCUGAUUCAGAAUAUAUAUAAAUUAGCUGCCUAAUUUUGGUCUAAUGACAUGUUUUUGUCCUCAGAAGUUUUCUCGCGACACCAUGCAAGUGUCUUUUUGACCGUGUUUUUACCAAUAAAAAAAUUUUGUUUUGUGCUCAACUAAAUUCUGAGGCCUUGACAAGCCUUAAAAUAUCAAAUUGGAUUACAACUACACCUUAAAAGUAGUUCCAAUGUAAAAGAUGGGUUCUAGUGAGGCAAAAAGAAUCGAACCCGUUCCCCUCGGAUUUCCAAUCUAGCGCUCUAACCACUCGGCCACACCGCUCUCUUCCGAAGGAAGAGACCGAGCGCCAGGGGUGGCAAACGGGCCUCUUUUUCCAAAUUUCAGGCCCGGGGCCCGGCACGUCGUUUUUUUCUGCUAAUUAUGGUUUGUCCCACCACGACUAAAUUUAUCAGUGCCAAAAAGUUUUGGCGUUGUGCAAAAAUCGGAAAGUUCACUUUUUAUUUUCCGCAGAAACUAAAAUCGACCAGUGCUAAUCGGAGAGCAAAGAAAACAUUUCGAAAAUUAGUGGUAUAGGAACGUAAGUCGCUAUUUUCACUUUUUGUUUGAUUUUUAGGAAUCCAUUGAAAUCGGAUGUCUAGUAUAAUAUGAAGUUGAAUUUUCUCGAAAAGUAGCUCUGAAACCUGGUCUGAUUUUUUGUGUUCAGCUUCGUCAUAUCUUCAUGCAGCUCAUGAGCUAUCGAGAACCCCAAGAUUGGGAUCGAGGGUCAAGUUACCGGUCAAUCUUUUGUUAUUAUAGGUCAACUUUAGCGUGAAAUUCUGAGCUCAAGAAACGAUUUUACAAUACAGAUUUAGCGCAAGUGGCAGCCGCAACACGUCAAAUUUGCGUAAACACAAUUAUUUCGAUAUAUCGAUCAACCGUGUUGGCGUAAAACCGGUCGUGGUAAAUCAAAGUUUGUGGCGUUUCGUUCCGAUUUUUUCACUCAAUAAUGGAGCCGUCAAGCUAAAAAAUCACUUUUCAAUUACGCGCCAACGAUGUGCCCGGCCCGGCAAAAUCCCAGGCCCGGCCCGGCCCGGUUCAAAAUUUUGCAGGCCCGGCCCGGCCCGGUAGAAAUCAGGCCCGGCCCGGCCCGGCCCUGUAAAAGCCCGGUUAGGGCGCGAGCUGGAAAUUUUCCUUUGAUCUUACCGCCUCUGUAGUGUGCUAAAAUCUGCUAAGAACUAUCGUAUAUGUAUUAUAUGUUCUAAUUUGGACCUUAUAUUAUAACAUAUAUGCAAAAAAGUACUAUAAAGUAAUAAACUAUUGUAGAACUUGAUAUACUAAAAAUACAAACCUAUCCAAAAAUUUUUCCGGCGCGAAAACAUUGAAUGCCAAACGCUUGGCAUUUCGACAAAACCGGGCCGGGCCGGGCCUGAAAAUGGCUCAGGCCCGCGGCCCGGCCCGGUAAAAAGCAGGCCCGGCCCGGCCCGUUUCAAAAUUUGCCAGGCCCGGCCCGUUUAGGCCCGAUCGGGCCGGGCUUCGCCGGGCCGGGCCGGCCCGGUGGCCACCCCUGCCGAGCGCGCUUUUGUUGCCGCAGAUUUUUUUCCUCGAGAAAAACAUUUAUUGAAAAAACUCGCUGAUAGACCAAAAUUAGGCAGCUAAUUUUUAUAUAUUCUGAAUCAGAAAAUUUUUGCGAAUUUUUUGAUAUAUAUCUCGACCGGUAAUUCCACACCCCAUAGAAGUACUUUCCUUGUAAAAUAAAUAAUUAUACAUAAUAUUUUUGAAAAAGUAGUUUUGAUCGUCUUUGUCGGUUUUCAUUGUGAAAAUGCAGAAGACGGUUGGAGAGGACGCGGUUCCUUUAAAAGUUGACUGGAGCAAGUUUAGUUCGGCAACUAAGAAUUUGGAAGAUGUUGUUCGUAUAACCAAGAAUUCAGUCCAUGCGCUUUGCAUCAAAUUAGAAUGCCAUCCGACUUUCACAAGUCUUGAGUUUAAAGCGAUUCCAGAGAAGAAGGAAGUAAAUGAGCUAUACAAAGAGGUGUCUGUGCAGGUCCGUGGUUGAUUUAAGUUUGGUUAGUGUAAUAACAAGUUCUUUUUAAGUGUUGUAUUGAAGCUCUUGGUCCUAAUCGAAUCUUUCCCUGCCAAGUCCAGUACUUUCCCUUCCGACUGA